AUGAGUAAUGAAAAUGCAGUUAUAAUAGACAAUGGUUCAUAUGAAUGCAAAGCUUAAAUUGCAAAUAAGGAUUUUUCAAGAUAGUAGCUUCGAUCUAUGGUUAAAGAACCAAAAAAAGGAAGUUAUGAAUGCACAGCAUUUAUAUAAGAAACCUUUUCUUUAAAAUAUCCAUUUGAAAAUGGAUUUGUAGUUGACAUGGAUAGUAUUAGAUUUAUUAAUUUAAGUAAUGGAAAAAAUUUGGGAUCAAAUUUUAAUAAAUGUUGUGGGGUCUAACCAAGAUUAAUAUCCUGUGAUAUUAUCAGUAGCUUAAGCAUAACCUAAAAAAUUUAAAGAAAAAGCAAUUCAAUUAUUUUUUGAAUCAUAUGAUGUAUCAUCAUUCUAUUUAAUAAGCGGAGCUACGCUUUAAUUAUACAAUAGAGGAAAAUUUACAGGAGUUGUAGUUGAUUCAGGAUAUGGAAUUACUUAAUCAACUCCAAUUUUUGAUGGUUUCUCUCUCCCCCAUACAAUAUGCAAAAAUAAUGUAUCAGGAAGUGCUUUAACGGAAUAUUUCAUUAGAAUCAUGACAGAAUUAGGUGUAUACUUUAAUUCAUAUUCGGAAUAAAAUAUUGCUAAUCAAAUAAAAGAAUAAUUUUGUUAUGUAUCAGAAAAUUAUGAAGUAGAGAUUGAAAAAUUUAAUCAUUGUUUACCGCAUGAACUACCAGAUGGAAAUUGCAUUUAAAUAAGAGAUUAAAGAAUUAGAUGUCCAGAAUUAUUAUUCUAACCUCUACUUAUUGGCUUGAAUCAACCAGGUAUUCAUGAAUUAAUUAUUUAAUCAAUCAAAAAAUCAGAUUUAGAUUUAAGAAAAUACUUAUUUCAAAAUAUAAUACUAGUUGGAGGAACCACUUAAUUAUUAGGAUUUAAUUAAAGAUUGAUAAAUGAAUUAACUAAACUAACCCCUUUAUCAAUAAAGCCCAAAAUGGAUGAUUCAUCAGAUAAAAUAUUUUCUGUACUAGAUGGUGCAAAAUUACUUUUAGGAAUAAGUUCAUUCUAAAGUAUGUGGAUUGAAAGAUCCUUAUAUGAUGAAUAUGGACCAAGUAUCGUAAACAGAUAUUGUUGGGGAUGA